AAAUCUGAUCAGGUCUGUGGUCUGCAUUGCGAAAGCGCCGGGACAACUGCCUCGACGCUGCCAUGCCACCUCAGCCAGGAAUGUUCGCAUUGCCAUAUGCCUCAACGCACAAAGCUCGCGCAGACGUUAUCCAGCCAGACAACACGCCCAUGACUAUAUCAUAUCAGCACUUCCAGGCCCAGCCUCAGCCACCACAGGUUCAACCCACUUCGAACCCUCACAUUCACCACGUUCAUCACUACACUCCCAUCUCAGGACUCAGCAACCCUCGCACACACGAUGACACGAAGAAAGAGAAGAAACGCAAGGACAUCUCCGGAAAGGUCGGGAAAGAGAUUGACAGAAGAGAUGAUGAACCACACUUUGCAGAAAACAUAUCCGCUUUGCACAGUGCAACGAUACAGUUGGCGUCUCGCCCAGAGACAUAUCCCCUUUACAACCUUCGCCUGUACCCCCUCUCGCUUGAGCGCUCCGCUCUCCUCACACAGCUGGAUCUGGAAGCAAAACACUCCUUACAUACCACCCAAACAGCCUAUGAAGAGGAACGCGAGCGUGUAGAAGAGGAAUGGAGAAAAGGCAGAGAUCGGGUACGCGAAAGACUCUUGGAAGGAAUAGAAGAACGAAAGCGUCGCGCUCGAGAAGAGAAAGAGGGCGAAGGAGCUGUCAACGACCCAUCUCUAGAUAUCCAAUCGCGCAUUCAUAUCACCCGAAAACUACGCAACAAGGUCGGCACAUCACCACCCCCGACGCCUCUCGGACUAGCAGCACUUGGCAUCUCGAAUGGAAGCACGACACCCAUAACAACCGGUCCAGUCACAAACCCACAUUCUCUUUCGGUAGACGAGAUUCCUUCGCCAUUUCCUUUCCCUCUCACAUCGGUAACGCUCACAAAUGGGCACUCAACUGCUGGUGGUGGCGCAGGUGGAAAUGGCAACAGAAGACGUGCCAAAAUUGGUUCCGGCCAAAGCACCCUCGGCUCAGGCGCGUUGGGCAAAAGCUUGGUGAUGUUGGGACAGUGCAAGGAUAUCGAAAUUGAGGCAGACCUAUUUGAGAUUAGAAGGGGCACGAAGAGAAGAAGGGCAGCUGCAAUUUCGUCGAGUAAGGUUGCAUAACAGUCGAUGAGGUCAUAUCUCUUGCACGUGACCUUGCUCACUAUCUUAUCUUUUCGGAAUACGGAGAUCGUAAUACGAAUGCUGAUCGUAUUGUCACUUCGAGAAGUAAUGUCAUCG